ACAGAAAACCUGACCUAAAUCCAACAGUUAUACAGCAAUUCCUGUUUCAGUUAUGAAACUUAUCUUCAUAGAUACAUAACAAAUUUGCAUAAUCUUAAUUGGCUUCCUGCAAACAAUGUCUACUUUGACCCGCCCUCAAACACUUUAGUUUGUGGUUUGUGUUGUGAUGCUGUUUUCUGCCGUGCAAAAGCAGAUUUGCGUUGUUCACAAUUCCAAAGGAUGAGGAUGUGAAGAGUCAGUGGUUAAAAUUAAUUUUAACAAUGAUACCACAGCAGUAAAACGCCAACCUUCCCAUCAUUUUACUGACGACUGCUUCACAUGGCCAACUCACAUUACAUAUGUGCCAUUUUUGAUAGUUGAUAAUUACUGUAAGGGUUUACUAUUUAGCUGUGACAUUCUGAUAAAUUCUGAUAAAUUAUAAAUAUACACAUUGGACAACAGCCUUUGGAGCUGAAUGGCCACUUUGUUUCCGACACAUGCUGCAAACAGUAGACCAGUCACAACAGACUGAGCCAUCUGACCAAUCAGAGGAGAGUAGCUUUGUGGAAGGAGGUCUUUGGAGAGACUGAAUCUUUGAAUGAAUCAUUUCAGACUAUUUGAGAAACAAGGUGAUGUGAGAUGAGUAUUGCGAGAAAAUUAAAUAGUUUUUUGACCUUGGAUGCAUGUAAACCUAUUGUAGGAGACCUCCAAAACAAAAUUACCAAUCUUUAAGAAAGGGUAAUAUGGGCACUUUAAGUCAAAAAUUGUAUAAAAAAAUGUAGUUCUGGAAUAAAAAAGCAAUCAUUCUAUUUACAAAUAAUAUUUUACAUAAUGCAUUGACAUCCACACUUAAAUUGGGACUUAGACCGAAAACAUUUUUGGGCCACUGUAUGUGUCGGACAAAAUUUUAAAAGCAAAUUGUACAAAGACUAAGAUUGACUCAUUUGCGUUUUCUCUCUUUCUCAGAUGUCAUUAUUUCAUGUGGUGUUCCUGCUGCUCACUGGACUGGAUGUGAGUUUGUCUCAAGAUGAGAUGUCGACGGUCCCUUUCGGCUGCAGAUUUGGACCUCCACGACCAUACACUCUCUUAUGUGACCUGGAUGCUAUAUGGGGCGUGGUGGUGGAGGUCGUAGCAGCGGCUGGUGUGUUCGCUGCCAUUUUACUUUUGAUAGCGUUACUGUGUCGCCUGCACUCAGUGACCGAGGCACCAAGGCGAAGUGGCAUCGGUCCGAUUCUCUUACUGUUAAUGGGCAUUAUUGGGCUGUUUGGGCUUAGUUUUGCAUACCUUAUUGAGCUUAAUGAAAGCAUCUGUGUGGUGCGACGUGCCCUCUGGGGUUUCUUUUUCUCCCUCUGCUUUGCCUGCAUGUUAACACAGGGCUUGAGGCUGCGCAAGCUUGCAUGUGAGUCUCGUAGCCCAGGCGGGUGUGCCCUUGUUGGACUAGUGCUGGGGUUAACAGCAGUACAAGGUAUUAUUGCUGCAGAGUGGCUUUUUCUAACAGUGCUGCGGGAGGGUAACCCGGCUUGCGAGUAUCAGCCACUGGACUUUGCACUCGCUUGUGCUUAUGUGGUAGCACUUCUGCUGGCUGCCCUAGUAACUGCAACAUUAGCGCUGUGUGGGAAGGCACGACAAUGGCACUGUAAUGUUGUGUGGCUUCUAGUCUCCUGCUUGCUGUCCAUUCUCCUGUGGGUGGCUUGGGUUGGUUUCUAUGUGUAUGGAAACAAAGUACUUGAGAAGUCUCCGGACUGGGAUGAUCCAGCAUUGGCUGUGGCCCUGGUAGCACAGGGUUGGUUGUUAUUGCUGUGCCAUGCUGCUCCUGAAGCCCAUGCCUGUCUUCGAUCACCAACUCAGCCUUCAGCUCCAGACUAUUUUGACACAUCUCAGAAUUCAUCACAUAUGAGAGACGCCAGCCUUGAUGAGGACAUCCCACUUUCACACAGGCAGUUUGUGGAGAGCCAGGGAUACGCGUUUGAUGAAAAUGCUGCAGGACUGAGAAGUGGUAACCAUCAUAACGGCAACACAGGGGCCAGACCCAGUGCACCCUUCAGAAGUAACGUCUACCAGCCAACUGAGAUGACCAUGAUACUAAAUGGAGGAGCAGUUCCGUCCGCACCUCCCACAUACACAGGAAGACAGCUGUGGUAAAGGAGGAGAAGGGUGAAUGGAAAAGUGGUAUAAAAUCUCUGAAGUGAAUGCAGACUUACAGUUAGGAACAACAUUAAAAGCCGCCAGUGCUCCAGUGAGACUGAAAUACAGGUCUGUGAUGUGUGUGUGUGUGUGUGUGUGUGUGUGUGUGUGUGUGUGUGUGUGUGUGUGUGUGUGAGAGAGAGCAGUUUGACAAGCAUGAUAGAAGGAUGUUAACACUGGACAACUCUUUGCACCAUCAAUAGCUGUAGUGAUUCUGAGUUUGUGUACUGGUAAAAAUAUUGAUGCGGUUUCACAGAUUUUCAUUCCCACAGUAUUUUAAUUUUAUAAUUGUGUCAGAUACACCUGAAUAUUUAUCUUGCUCUGGCUUCAGAUUCACCCUGAAGUCAUAUCGUAUGUUUCAUGAAGAAGAUGAACAGACCCGUCUGUAUUGCAGUUGUGAUUGUGCUGUAAAACUUGGACAUUUUAUCAUUCUGUGAUAACUGGAUACAGUACUUUGGUUUCUCUGGUUUUUAUUUCGUGAGUUGUCUGUGUAGGAAUGACUGGCGUGCAGCUGUAGCACCAAUCCCCAUGCAACAUGCUGUGACAAAUGGUUAGCGUUCUUCUAUGGACUCGUUAGCUGAAAUCUCACUCAAUUCUAAGCAACACCUUGUUGCAAAUGGGCUGUAUUUUUAUACAUCAAAUUAUUCUUGCAUUUCGCCACUGGAGCUGUGAAAUAUUUAAUCAGUUUUGAGCUCUGCUCUGUUUAACAGUUCUACUAUUAACCUUCAGAUAUCUACUACUGCUGGACAGAUCCCAGUGGAAAUAACUAUGAUGACAAAGCAAAGCAGGGCGGUGAGGACAGGGGGUGGAGUGGGAAUGUAAUUCAGAUGAGGUUUGCUAGUCUGAAUUAUGAUUUAAAAACGGCAACUCUAAAUGGCCAUAUACACACUGCAAAGUUUUGGAAGUGAUAACUUCUAAUGUGGACUCCUAAUGUGGGGAAUAAAUAAGUUACAGUGCCUGAUAACUAUAUCACUGUUAAUAGGUUUAUUUUGUUUUGCUAAUUUUAAUCAUUUUUGUGCAUUGUCAACUGACAUUAGAGCCCAAGUAGGCUAAUGGACAAUGGUAAAGUAAUCCAAAAAUUAGAUUUAAAUAAUUGGAGUUGUAUGGAUUACUUUGAAAUGUUUAAAUUCACAGAUUUUUAUUUUAUGAGCAAAAAGAGAUGAAGUAUAUUUUGUGUGUUUCACAGAAGCUACGAGGGUUUAAAUGAUUUUUGGGUGAACCGUCCCUAUAAGCACUGAAAAGAGUGACGGCUGCAGUAUGUACAUGGCCACAGAGAUCAGAGAACUGGGGUAAGAGGGUCCGGUCAGGUCAUCUUUCAAAUAGCUCUCUUUGUGUUUUUUUUGUCCGGUGAGGGUGACAAUGUGCUUAACCAGCUGUGUUCUGAAAGUGUUUUUAUCAUUGAUGUUUGCUCCUUAUACUGGGCUGUAGCUUUUGGAAAGGGAUAGUGAGUUGUAGAGAAUAACUACGAUUUCCUUUAUAGUUAUGCAUGCAGAGUCCUAAACCACAUCACAUAAACAGAUGUAUAUUACGGCUCAUUAUUAAACCGUUUUCACAAAACCAAGUGUGAACAUUUGGUUGAUUGCUCGGUCCAGUUCAGAGUUA